ACCCGUAUAACGGAAGAAUGAGCAAACUAGGUCCGUUUACUUUACAACGGUCAAACAACUUCUUGAUUCUCACCUAAUUCAACAUCCAAUUAAUCAAGACGAAAUAACAAGCAUUUUCAAGGGUCAGUUUUUGAUAAAAACUCAUAAAUUAUUGUGCAAGACUCUAUUUUUGGCAAAAAGAAUCGACGGCCUAAGUCGAUGGAUAAGGAAAUGUACAGUAGGAGGGUAGCUGAUUGCUUUACAAAUGGACUAACUGAGUAAUCCUUUUGUGUCUGCUGGAUAUUGGAGAAGUACUAAGGCGGACAAGUUGCUGAUUUUCUCCGACGAUGCGCGUUCUCGCGCGGUCGGGUCGGGAGUUGGUAACUUUAUGGAUUCUGAUGGUGGUCUAUCUUUGUUCGACAUCCCAAGGGGUGAGAGAAAAAUACUUCCAUCCGUCCUCGGUGCACCGUCACAUGAGCAAGCGAGACCUUGCAGCUGUGUUCGGAGUCGAUAGUCACGACGAUGUCCCUGAAUACGAUAUAACAAGUCCAGUACAAAUCAGUAAAGACGGAAAGUUCAUUGCCCAUGAGUUGUCAUACCAGCGCAUACGCGAACGACGAGACUUCGCUGACCACCAUUUUGAUGACAUUUACUACAAGCUCCGUGCAUUUGGAAGCGACUUUCAUUUGAACCUUGUGAGAAAUAGACGACUCUUAGCGCCUGAUUUCCAAGUUGAAGUUAUUGGCCGAGAUGGAAGAAUUCUCAAGAGACAUACAAUGGAGAAUUGUCAUUUUACGGGAAAGGUUCGGUCUAGCACACGGUCAACUGUGGCCAUGAGUAACUGCCAGGGCCUGCGAGGCUUAAUUCAUACCGAAGAAGGAGCUUUUUUUGUGGAGCCACUUCCGGCUCACUUGCACAGCAGAGGUAUGGUCAGUGGUAGAAACCCACAUGUAAUAUACCGCAGGGAUUUACCCAUGAACCCUCGCAACCGUCGUGUAGCAGAGACGAAAGAGCUUCACUCCUGUGGAACAGAAGAUGACCCUAGCAUACGCUUGGUCCGAGCUCUCAACGACAGCUCGACCGACGAUGACCGGUCGGGUCCAGCGGGCCCUGGAGCAGAGAAGUAUAUCGAAUCACUAGUUGUAGUGGAUCCUAAGAUGGCGAACUUCCACGGCGAGGACGCGGCCAAACAAUACGCCCUGGCAGCCUGCAACAUCGCUGGAAAUAUUCUAAGAGACAGUAGCCUUGGGGAGAAUCCGAUCAACCUCGUGGUCAGCAGAAUGCAGAUCCUUACCACGCAACAGCCUGGUCUGAUUAUCAACCAUCACGCAAGUAACACUUUGGAGAGUUUCGGCAAGUGGGCGGAGCGUAAUAAUAACCCACUUGACAACGACGAGAAUCACUAUGACUACGCCACGCUCUUCACAAGGUACAACAUAUGCAAAGACAAGAAUCAGCCGUGUGACACGUUAGGCCUCGCAAGGACCCGCGGGAUGUGCAGCUUCCCGAGCUCUGCAAGCGUCAACCAGGACAACGGACUUAUGCUGGGCAUGACACUAGCACACGAGACUGGACACAGCAUGGGCAUUAACCACGACGGCGGGGACUGUGCGGAUGGCGAGAACGUCAUGUCUACCUUCGCACCGGGUAAACCGGCCGCCUUUAGCUGGUCAUCUUGCAGCAGAAACUAUCUCAAGCAGUUCUUGGCAUCGGACGACUCCAAAUGCCUGGAUGACCAGCCUACCCGCCGCUCCCUCAUCAGCACCGCGGCCCUCGAUAACCCCGGUCGCCUCUAUGACAAAGACCAACAAUGCCAGCUGGCGUACGGACAGGAGGCGAAGUUUUGCUCGGGGGCAAAGUUCCUAGACCAAGUUUGCGUGAAGCUGUGGUGUGAAGUUCCUGCGGGCAGCGGUCAAUGCAAAACUGCGCAGGUCCCAGCAACUGACGGGACGUCAUGUGGUGAAGGCAAAUGGUGUAAAAGAGGUCACUGUGUCGCGUCCACCUCCGAGGGAGACGGUGCGAUGGAUGGUGGCUGGUCCGAAUGGAGCGAGAACUACUCUCGUUGUAGUCGAUCCUGUGGGGGAGGGGUACAGUACAGGGAACGGCGCUGCAAUAAACCACAGCCUAAAAAUGGAGGCAAGCACUGUGCAGGCGCAGACAGGGAAUACAAGCUUUGCAAUGUUGAUUCCUGUUCAAUUAGUGAAGUGGAUUUCCGUAAUUACCAAUGCCAAGAGAAGGACAGUCAAAUGUUCAAUGAUCAGUACUACAACUGGGAAUUCAAACCGUCGACCCUGUCUAAUAGGUGUAUACUUGGGUGCUUCAUCAAGAACACUGGUCUCGGAUUCGCAUUCGGGAAUGUUGUGGACGGCACGGACUGCUCGGAGGGUUCACCGGACAAGUGCAUCAUGGGACAGUGCAAGCGUGUCGGAUGCGACGGAGUGAUAGACUCCCGAGCGGUUAUCGAUCGCUGCGGUGUCUGUGACGGUGACGGGAGCUCGUGCACAGGAGUGACGGAUACCGCUAAUAAUACAUCGUCGGCUCAGAAGAAGGACGCAUUGCCCCAUGGGGGUGGUCUCCUUGUUACUGCCAUCAGCGUGCUCAAGAACCUUGGCUAUGACGUGGAUAGAAGAGGUCACGUGGCCAAGCCAGAUGACGACAGAUCAAACACAGAUGGCGAUGACACAUUCUAUUGGGCGGUCGAGAAGACCGGAUGUAGUGUAUCCUGUGGGGGAGGUGCUGAGAGAUCAUACGCACAAUGUCGACGCUCCGACGAUGGGUCCCCGGUGGCGGAGAGAAAGUGUGACGUCACAAAGAAACCGCCCCGACAGGAGAUGCAUUGCAACAGACAGCCCUGCCCACCCGUAUGGAAGGCGGAAGGCUGGGAGGAUUGCACGCGCACUUGUAAUGGCGGUAACCGCACACGCCAAGUCAAGUGUAUGCAAGUUGCUGCUGAUGGCGUGGAGUAUGACGUAGACCAGAGACUCUGCCUCGACCCCAGGCCACCAACUGUCGAGGCGUGCAACACAGUUCCUUGUCUCCCUGAGUGGGUUGCACAACCUUUUGGCCCGUGUUCUACUGUAUGUGGGCGUGGCGAGCAGACAAGGACGGUCAAGUGUAUGAAGGCAGAUGUUAACAGCAACCUCCUGGAAGUACCAGAAGCGCAAUGCGACGGAAUGAUGAAACCUCCGCUCAAGGAAUACUGCAACGUACACAACCCCUGUCCAGGGGAGGGUGGUUGCGGCGGCGAACUGAAGUCAGACACCGGGGAGCUGUCAUCGCCUAACUUCCCAGCCAACUACCCCAAUAACAAAGAGUGUAUCCACUCUAUAAGUGUCUCUCCAGGCAAAGUCAUCAAGCUUGACUUUCACACAAUGCAGAUGGCAUCUCCAGCAAAGACAUCAUCAAGCGACAAAUGUAGCGGAGAUUUUGUCAAGGUCAUGGACGGUGAAUGCGGUAACUUCCGGUCGGAAACUCUCUUUUGCGGGCAGGAUCAGCCAGCACCCUUCAUCUCGACCGGAAACAACAUGUGCGUCAAGUUUUUUUCAGACGAGUCGCAGUCGGGACAGGGAUUCAAGGCGUCAUUCAGUGCUAUAAAUAGACCGUCAAACCCUGGAGAUCAAUGCGGCGCAAUCCUUACUGCUCCCAUCGGACUGAUUACGUCACCUAACUAUCCUGAGUCGUAUCCCGGCAACGAGCUCUGCAACAUGACAAUCAAGGUGGAUAAGGGGCCAAUCAAGGUGGCGUUCCAGUCAUUCGAUAUCGGCACAGAAAACAACUGCGAUGACGACUACCUGAUGUUCCAUGAUAACACCGGUACAACUCGCCGACUUUGCGGCGGCCAGAUACCCGAUGCAUUCAGUACGGAUUCAAAUGAAAUGAAGCUAAGCUUCCGAACAGGUCCACAAAUCGGACGGACAAAGUCUGGAUUUGUGGCCACUUAUACAUCCGGCACCACCCCAGAGGAGCUGCGCAAGAUAUCUGAGAAUGCCGGCAUCAAGACAUUUACCAACAAGAUGGACCAAGGACUGAUGAACGUCCCGGUUGCUAAAAACACUAUUCCCAAGCCCCCGCAACCAGCAGUGGAGAUGCCUCAUGAUAUCGACGUCAAUUUCAAACCGAUCUCAAAAGUCGACAAUCAGGAUGCCGCCAAAUCCGAAGUAGAAGACGCCAUUGACAGCAUCACCAAGAGCAACGACAAAUUCGAGGACGCAGUCAUCUCCUCUCCGACCCCAGUCAACAACAAAUUGAAAGACGCUCUUAAGUUGUUGGAUGCGAGCGACGCUAGUGCUAGUGGGAGUGGUGUUACCCCACCCGCCUCUUAUAAGACAUCCAUAGUGAGUGGAGAAGGAGAGAAGAAGGCGGGUCAGUCGUCAGGAUCCGUCACCAAGGUCAUCCUCACACCAUCAGCAUCAAACGAUGCCAGUGGGAGUAAGCCACCAAGUAAAGCAGCGGAGGGCAAAGGCGAAGACGACGACGGUUCAGCGACAUCCGACACAGAAUCGAGUAGUGACGAACAGACUUCCGACAGUAAACGAGUUAAACUGUUGCAAGAAACUAUCGAUAACAUCAAGAAGCAAGGGCUUUUGGAAGAUGUUACCGGGUCAAUUAUCACCCGCGGCUCUUGUCCAGUCAUGAAGCGCAUGUCAUGCCUCAACUUACUCUACUCGUUCCCAUGCCGCACGGACGACGACUGCUUUGAAAGCGGAAUGAAGUGCUGUCCGACACGCUGCUCCUACGGCAAGACCAUGUGUAUACCGAGAGUUUCUGCCGUGUGUCCACUUCGAACGCCUUACUACACGGGCUUCACUUCAUGUAAAGACUCAAGCGACUGCGGCAAAGGAGCCGUUUGCUGUUUAGAUAUGGCCGGCAGACAUUACUGUAACCGCAUUACCAAAGUAGCAGCAUAACCUGUCAGAAUAUGAGUUAAGCUUUAUAUUAUAUGACUAUAUUGCUAGCAAGGAAGUAUAAAGUAUACAUACUAUAACUUUAGAAGAAAAAAAGGCAAAUAAGUCGGCCGAGUAAGGUCCACGAGUGAUGGAUAAUAAUCAAAGCCCUGUAUACAUAUUCCCCGCAUCGACAUGGGGGGCACAGCUGUUUCAGGUAACACGGAAACUUUGUCGUUAAAACAAUCAGCGGCACACUUUGUGUGUUGCUACAGUGCCCAGUUUCCCCGCUUCGCCAUUUCGCACACGUGACAAGAGUUUAUUUUUUGCUGCAGCUUUUGCAUUGUAAAAAGCAAAUCACUUACACAUUUCUUGGACAUACGUAUGACACAUUAUUUUACUCAGUGAAUACACCUGUUUGAAAGAAUAAUAUUUCCAGUGAAAAAAAUGGCAAACUGCGCUUUUAAGACCGACCGCUGAAGUUUUUACUAUUAAUAAUGAUGAUUUACCUUAAAUCGAAUUAUAUUUUUAUUCCCUCAAUGGGGUGACCGAAAUUUAUAAAAUCUUUGAAUUAAAACUGUUCAAAUUUCUAACAUAAGUUAUAGUUUUGCUGAAUUUCAAAUAUAUUUUGAUUAAAGUAGUCUGUCUAAAUAACAUAUAACUUACAAUAUGUGAAAUUAUGAUAACUUCCAAUAGAUUUUACCUUUAGGUUACAAUUUACCAAAUCUGGUUGUAAUCUCAUCUUGACUGUAUUUCCUUCUAUAGAAUACCUUGCCAACAUACCGUACGACCGGGGUUUCACUUUAUCUUAUGCUUAUACAGUAUAUAAAAGACUAGCGGCUAGUCAGGGUCGGGGAUAGCUGAGUCCCUUAGCCACCCGUGUGAGCGAGAACACGGUUUCCAUUUUAAUGCAAAAAAUAGUAAAAUAGAAAUAGCGUAAAAUAGAAAAAACAGAUGUAUAAUAUACCAAAUGACACGAUAUUUUAGUAAUAAAAAUGACCGAUAAAUAA